CUAGCUCUUUUUAUCUAAACAGUUUUGGUAAUAUGGGAAAAAUUGAUUUGCACAGCAUAGCAGGACCUGGAGUUCUUAUAGCUGUUGUGUGUCUCUGGUGCUAUUAUCGGAAAACAGAGAGUCACAGGAGGAAAGAAAGCAGGCAUCGCAUCACAUUAUACACUUAUCCAAACUACAGAUCUAUGCGGUGCAUUUGGUUAGCUACAGAGCUUGGGAUUGACAACAAUAUAAAAAUGAUAGAAAUGGAUCCACACGACAAAAGAAAGUGCGAGUCCUACAAGACAGCGGUUCACCCUCACUGUACCAUUCCCGCCCUGGUGCUGGAGGACGGCAACACCAUUAUCGAGUCCGGGGCUAUCUGUUUGUACAUGGCAGACUUCCAUAAAAGCCUUGUUCCGGAGACACAAUGGAUUGCUGACUACUAUAACUGGAUAGUGUACGCCUGCAGCACCCUGGAUGACAUGAUGGAAACCAUCUAUUUACAGUGGUAUUUGACGGAUUCAGAGGAUCAAAAUGAACAACUUGUUAAAAGGAUGACCGACAAAUUUCAGGUUUUUGCCGACUACUUUAAUAACUACCUCAAAGGAAAAUCGUUUAUUUGUGGAGACAAAUUCACCGCUGCUGACUGUAUUAUGGGAUACAACAUUUGGUGGGCAUCAGGAAUGAGAGAAGGAUGUCUAAUUGACCAGUACCCUGAAAUCAUCAGCUAUCUCAGCAGAUUACAGAGCAGGUACGCCUUCCAGAACACAUUUCCUUCGUAGCCACUCUGUACCCUGAAAUCAUCAGUUAUCUCAGCAGAUUACAGAGCAGGUACGCCUUCCAGAACACAUUUCCUUCGUAGCCACUCUGUACCCUGAAAUCAUCAGCUAUCUCAGCAGAUUACAGAACAGGUACGCCUUCCAGAACACAUUUCCUUCGUAGCCGCUCUGUACCCUGAAAUCAUCAGUUAUCUCAGCAGAUUACAGAGCAGGUACGCCUUCAAGAACACAUUUCCUUCGUAGUCGCUCCGUAUUCUGAAAAAGUUCACUACCUCGACAGAUUACAAACCAGAAACUCAUUCAAACAAACAUUUCCUUCAUAACCGCUCUGCACCCUUUCAUAGCCACCGCGUCCUUUUUCGUUAUCUAUUACUAAUCAUUAUUUUUAAAUUUUCGUUAUCUCGGCAGUUUAAGAGCACAAAACCCUUACAGCAAACAUUUCCUCCAUAGCAAGGACGUAUCUCCAACAUGGAUUGGUUAGAAGUAAAGGGUCGGAUCUCAAAUUUAUCAAUUUUUAGAUUUUAAUAAAUCAUAACUACGAGUGAGAUUUUCUUAUAGAAUUUGUACAUUAUAUCAAUUGAAAUGGUCUUAUUCUGUUAAAAUACUAUGUGAUUUAAAAGAAUUAGACAAUUUCCAUUGAUAUAAAGCACAUAUUCUUUACGAAAUGCUCAGUCGGAAUUGUAAUCUAUCAAAAUAAAAAAAUUGAUAAAUUUGAUAUACGAUCCCUUUACUCCUAAGCACUCCAUGUUGGAGAUAUGUCCCUGUUCCUCUAAACAAUCGCCAUGUCAAUCACUGACGCAAACCCAUUACAGCCAUGUCAAUCACUUGACGCAAACCCCUUACAGCCAUGUCAAUUACCGAUACAAACCCAUUACAGCCAUGUCAAUUACUUGACACAACCCCAUUACAGACAUGUCAAUCACUGACGCAAACCCAUCACAGACAUGUGAAUCACCUGAUACAAACCCAUUACAGCCAUGUCAAUCACUGACGCAAACCCAUUUCAGCCAUGUCAAUCACUGACACACAUCCAUUACAGCCAUGUCAAUCAUCCGAUACAAACCGCUUAAAGCCAUGUCAAUCACUUGACACCAACCACUUACAACCAUGUCAAUCACUGACGCAAACCCAUUACAGCCAUGUCAAUCACUGACGCAAACCCAUUACAGCCAUGUCAAUCACUUGAUACAAACCCAUUACAGCCAUGUCAAUCACUUGAUACAAACCCAUUACAACCAUGUCAAUCACUUGAUACAAACCCAUCACAGACAUGUCAAUCACUGACGCAAACCCAUCACAGAUAUGUGAAUCACCUGAUACAAACCCAUUACAGUCCAUGUGAAUCACUUGACAUAAACCCAUUACAGCCAUGUCAAUCACUUGACAUAAACCCAUUACAGCCAUGUCAAUCACUGACGCAAACCCAUUACAGCCAUGUCAAUCACUUGAUACAAACCUAUUACAGCCAUGUCAAUCACUGACGCAAACCCAUUACAGCCAUGUCAAUCACUUAACAUCAAUUACAGCCAUGUCAAUCACUUGAUACAACGUAACGUAACGUUAAGGACACUCUUCCAUAUUUUACAUGUUAGGUAGCAGUGUACAGUAAAAAUGCCAAAUUCUGAAAAAUAUGGCACAUGUUUUAGAUAUGUAAACAUUGCCAGUUAACCUUACACAUAACCUCUAA